UAGUCUUUCAAACAAAGUAUUGUCAUAGUUGUAAACAUGAGAAAAUUUAAUAAUAUUUUUAUUAUACUUAUUGCAAACCUAUUAUUACGUACCUAUGCUGCUGUAAAUGAAAAAGAAAUAAUAGAACACAUGUCAUUAACCACGGACUUAAAGAAAAAAGCAAAACAUGUUGAGCCCCGUAUAUUAAAAGGAAAAAAAUGUUCAACUGAAAAAUAUCCGUUUAUGGUCUUAAUUUUUGAACUAUCAGAAAGUGAUGGUGAAUGGUCACAAAUUUGUGGAGGAUCACUUAUAAAUGCCUAUUGGGUUCUUACUGCGGCUCAUUGUAUAAGAAGUCGAAAAACUACUUAUGCAGUAAAAUAUCACUUAAGUUACCAAACAACCAAGACCAUACUUGCAAGGAUACCGUUCGUACAUCCCUUUUUUCAUCCAGUUUUUUUAUGGAAUGAUAUUGGUUUGUUACGAUUAGUAAUUCCAGUAACAUUAUCAGCACACGUGGCAUAUGUAAAACUACCCACGAUUGAUUAUAAAACGGAUGAACCACCUUGUAAAAUAUCCCUUGUGAUGGGAUAUGGCGUUACACAUACUGGUAAAAAUGCAGCUAUUACUAAUUUACAAUGCGCUGAAAUCCCUACAAUUUCAUUUCAGCAUUGUCACGAUCUCUAUCGGAAAUACCACAAUAUAUCUAUUGAACCGAAAAUCAUUUGCACCCUUUCUUCAGAAGGAAUAGAUGCAUGCCAAGGUGACUCUGGUGGGCCAUUACUUUGUAGCAACGUCCAAUAUGGCAUUGUUUCUUGGAGCAUUGGUUGUGGAAUUACGACAAAUCCUGGAAUUUAUACCAAGGUAGACCGCUUUUUGGAUUUUAUUCGUGAAACCCAGUCUAAAUAUGACUCUGCUGAGCAUUACGAUUACGAUGAAUAUCAAUAUGGUAAAACAGCACUCGCAAACCAUAACCAUAUAAUAAUGUAUUUUUUCUGUUAUAUAUUUUACUUUAUAGCCUAAGAACAGAAAUAUAUAAUACGCACAUAAUAGA